AACCGAGCUGCAGGCUGCCUCAUUCUGCAGCUCUAGGCUGUCCGGCGAACUUCGCCCAAACUUUCUGGAAACUCAGUGAAGAAACAGAAACUCUGACAAAGUGACGCAACGCGCGUCCAUCAAACUGCAGCUGCUUCCCCCUUAAUGAUCAGAGCUUCUCCUCUGAAUGAGCCUCCUCUCGUUGCGCUGAGACUUUCUUUUAAUUUGAGCCUCAGGUUGAGCUCCAGCUCCUCUCGUCAUGUUAUCACUCGCUCUCCUGCUUGUUGGAUUUGUUUUGGCUGCAGCUGACAAGGCUGGUGAAGCAAACCGUGAAGACCAGCUGCAGAGCCGGCUGAAGGACUACGGCCUGGUGACGCCCUUCAGCACCGACUCCCACGGCCACUUCCUGUCCCACCUGCUGUCCGCCACGCACAAGCAGCGCGUGAGGAGGGACGCGUUUCCCUCCGAGUCCGAGCAGAGACUCUUCUUCAACAUCACGGCUUUCGGGAAGGAGUUCCACCUGCGCCUGCGGCCCAACGACCGGCUGGUGGCGCCGGGGGCGAUGGUGGAGUGGCACGACGAGGUUCAGGGGUUCAGGAACGCCACAGCGGGCGCCAACCGGACCGACGCCACAGAGAGGAUUCUCCAGCGUGAGCUGCUGAAGACGGACUGCACCUUCAUCGGUGACAUCACCGACGUCCCCGGAGCCACGGUUGCCAUUAACAACUGCGAUGGACUGGCUGGGAUGAUCCGAACCGACUCAGAUGAAUAUUUUAUCGAGCCUCUGGAGAAAGGCACUCAGGAGAUGGAGGACCAGGGCCGGGUCCAUGUGGUGUACCGCCGGUCGGCGCUGCUGCAGGCCCCUUCUGACAACUCACUGGAUUACCAGCUGCAAGAACCAGAGCUGGGUGUCGCCGGGACGCUGGACUCGCUGACGCAGCAGGUGAACCAGACGGUCCGCCGCCGCCGGCACCGCCGCGACGCCGGAGAAAACGACUACAACAUCGAAAUCCUGCUGGGAGUCGACGACUCGGUGGUUCGCUUUCAUGGCAAGGAGCAUGUGCAGAAUUACCUCCUGACUCUGAUGAACAUCGUGAACGAGAUUUACCACGACGAGUCGCUGGGGGUCCACAUCAACGUGGUUCUGGUCCGGAUGAUCAUGCUGGGUUACGCCAAGUCCAUCAGCCUCAUCGAGAGAGGAAACCCAUCACGGAGUCUGGAGAACGUUUGCCGCUGGGCGUUUGUGCAGCAGAAAGGCGAUCCUGAUCACGCCGAACAUCACGACCACGCCAUCUUCCUCACGCGCCAAGGCUUCGGCCCCACCGGCAUGCAGGGUUACGCUCCGGUCACAGGGAUGUGCCACCCGGUCCGGAGUUGCACCCUCAACCACGAAGACGGCUUCUCGUCUGCGUUUGUCGUGGCCCACGAGACCGGACAUGUGCUGGGCAUGGAGCACGACGGCCAGGGAAACCGCUGCGGGGACGAGACGGCGAUGGGCAGCGUCAUGGCGCCGCUGGUGCAGGCGGCCUUCCAUCGGUACCACUGGUCCAUGUGCAGCGGACAGGAGCUGAAGAGAUACAUCCACACCUAUGACUGUUUGCUGGAUGACCCUUUCAAACACGACUGGCCUCAGCUUCCUGAACUCCCCGGCAUCAACUACUCCAUGGAUGAGCAAUGCCGAUUCGACUUCGGAGUGGGAUACAAGAUCUGCACCUCGUUUCGGACGUUUGACCCGUGCAAACAGCUCUGGUGCAGUCACCCUGACAACCCUUACUUCUGCAAAACCAAAAAGGGCCCGCCUCUGGACGGCACCGAGUGCGCUCCAGGAAAAUGGUGCUACAAAGGUCACUGCAUGUGGAAGAACCCAAACCAGCUGAAGCAGGACGGCGCCUGGGGCUCCUGGAGUAAAUACGGCUCCUGCUCUCGAUCCUGUGGAACCGGCGUUCGCUUCCGGACGCGCCAGUGCAACAACCCCGCACCCUCGAACGGCGGCCAGGACUGUCCCGGAGUCAACUACGAGUACCAGCUGUGCAACACAAACGAAUGCCCCAAGCACUUUGAAGAUUUCCGGGCCCAGCAGUGCCAGAACCGCAACGCCAUCUUUGAAUUCCAGAAUGCCAAACACCACUGGCUGCCGUAUGAGCACCCCGACGCUAACAAGCGGUGCCACCUGUACUGCCAGUCAAAGGAGACCGGAGACGUGGCGUACCUGAAGCAGCUGGUGCAUGAUGGGACGCGGUGCUCGUACAAGGACGCCUACAGCAUCUGCGUUCGUGGAGAAUGUGUGAAGGUCGGCUGUGACAGAGAGAUCGGCUCCAACAAGGUGGAGGAUAAAUGUGGUGUUUGUGGUGGAGACAACUCCCACUGCCGGACCGUGAAGGGAACCUUCACCCGGACUCCAAAGAAACCAGGUUACCUUAAGAUGUUUCAUGUUCCUCCUGGAGCUAGACACGUGCUGAUCCAGGAACACGAGGCCGGCCCGCAGAUCCUGGCAAUCAAGAACCAGGCAACAGGACACUACAUCCUCAACGGGAAGGGAGACGAGCUGAAAUCCAGGAGCUUCAUUGACCUGGGAGUGGAGUGGCACUACAUCCUGGAGGGAGACGUGGAGACGCUGCACACCGACGGACCUCUGCACGACCCAGUGGUGGUUCUGAUUAUACCGAAGGACAAUGAGACUCGAUCCACAUUAAUGUACAAGUACAUCAUCCACGAGGACUCGGUGCCGGUCAACAACAACAACGUGAUCCAGGAGGAAGCGUACGAGUGGGCUCUGAAGAGCUGGUCGCCCUGCUCAAAGCCCUGCUCUGGAGGGUUUCAGUACACCAAGUACGGCUGUAGGAAGAAGGGAGACACAAAGAUGGUCCACCGCGGAUACUGUGAGGCAAACAAGAAGCCGAAGCCGAUCCGCCGAAUGUGUAACCUUCAGGACUGCACUCAGCCUCAAUGGAUCUCUGAAGACUGGGAGCAUUGUACCAAAACCUGCGGCUCCCUGGGUUUCCAGAUCCGGACGGUUCGCUGCAUGCAGUUCCUCCAUGACGACACCAGCCGCUCCAUCCACAGCAAAUACUGCAGCGGGGAGAAGCCGGAGAGCCGGAGACCCUGUAACAGAACCCCGUGUCCGGCCCAGUGGAGGACAGGCGCCUGGUCUCAGUGCUCCGUGACGUGUGGAGAGGGGCUGGAGCGGCGCCUGGUCACCUGCAAGACCGGAGAUCAGUGCUACGGGGACAAACCCGAGGCGGUGAGGCCGUGCAGACCGGGACCAUGUCAUGAUGAGCCGUGCAGUGGAGACAAAUCCAUCUUCUGCCAAAUGGAGGUGUUGGCAAGAUACUGCUCUAUUCCAGGCUACAACAAGCUGUGCUGCGAGUCGUGCAGCAAGCGCACUGGAAGUUUGUCUUUGUUCUCGGAGGCGGCGGAGAUGGAGGAACACGUCCGCUUCGGGUCAGCCUCCCAGCUGCUGGAGACAUUAAUGGCCAACGCCACCGACAGCAGGAAGCAGAGCUCAGGAAAAAGCAGCGCUGCAAAACACAUCACUACCCCAGCGCCGCUAAAGAAAACCCAGCCAAAGAUCUCCAAAGCACCGAGGAGAGUCCCACGAGAUUUACCCCUCACCCCGUCGCUCCUCAAGGAGCCAGAAGGUCAAAGGUCAGGUGGUUUGACGGGGAGCCAGCAGCCUACGUCAUACUCUAAAGUUGAGAGAUGAAAGUGAAGCGUGUUCCCUUUAGGACUCCUCAUGGACAGUAGAUUUUCCAGCCUCACCAAAUACACCACAGAGAGUCGGAAGGUGAAAGGAAAAGUGCUGGUUCACUUUGUUUUUAUCGAUAUUAUCGCCCCCUGAAAUGGACUUUAAAUACGACGACGCUGACAUGCCAGACAGCACCCUUAGUCUUUGAGCUGAAAGAGUUCAAAUAGAGGCACACGCGAUCCAAAGGGAAUUUCGUUCCAGUCAAAUUACAAAACGGAAAACUGAUAAAGAGGCCUCUGUCAGUUUGUUAGUCUGAGUCCAACAUGUAGUUUUCCAAAGAAAUUGCUGCUUUAUCCAAACACAGUAUUGAAGUCUGGAUUUUGGUCAUCUUAAACAAUCAAAACUUCAGUGAGAUUUUUGAUAAAGUUCCCAAAUUGUUGUUCUGAUUGGUUUAUUUUUCAGUUUCUGUCAAAAAUAAUCUGAGGGCCUUUUAGCAGAAGCCAAUUUCACACUGCAACAUUCAUUCUUAAUAAAAUCUGCUGCCUCCCACAGACAUUUUAAGACUCCAACAACUAAAAACGACUAAAAACAAACAUUAAGAAGAGUUGAAUUAUUUCUCAUCUCCUGUUUUGAAUCUGAAUUGCUUUAACACAAAGAUUUAGUUUCUGUUUUCUGCUGUCAUCUGAAUUUAAAAACCAAUCAUACAUUCUGUUUAUUUCGUUUUAAUAAUCUCUUUAAUAGAAAUAUAUAUUAUUUUGAGUUUUGAAAUUGAGCAGUGUGUGCUUAAAGGUUGACAUUAGGUUUUAAUAGAAAAAAGAAGAAAAUAGCUGCAGCAGACAGAGCUAAUUAAAUCUGUGAAAGGGAAAAUUUCAAGCUGCAUUUGUGAGGCAAGAAAAAAUAAAAUGUUUUGAACUAUUAACUUCUGUAUUAGACAUGCAUUAGACACUGCUCUUCUUACUAAGGUUUUUUUUUGGAAUGCCUUAAUUCAAAAAGACGUGAAGUUUUAACCUUUAACUGCCAUUUUUCUUGCCAAAAAAACUGAAAUAUUUAGAAACUUGACUUGGUCAAUUAUGAGAAGAAUUUAAAUAAUAAAAAUUCAUCAAAACUAACUUGAAAUGUGCUAAAUGUUAGCCAGCUUUGUUUUUUUAGAUGUGCUGCAUGUUAAUUUCUAUGACAGUAUUUCUACAGUUUUCUGUGAAUAUCGCACCUGAGAAUAUUAGUAUUACCUUGAGAAGUCAAGAAAACUUCGAAAUAUUCCCUUUUGCUGGCUUAGUGUGGCUAGCAUGUUCAAUACUGCUGCAGUCAAUAUCAAAAGGAACGAAAAUUAAGUUAAAAUAUUUAGAACAUGUACAAAUAUUCUGAAUCUUUUCUUGUUACAAAUAUAUUGGUUUUGUGUUUUUGUUUUUAUGAACGGUGGCAUCCUCGAUUCUAGAGCUUAGCUUACCGUAAAGCCUCCAUCUCUGUCCAAACAUUAAAUCUAGCAUCUGAAUCAGCCACGUUCCCCAAGUUAGUGCAAACAUCAAAUAAAUUUGACUUUGGUUCCACUGUCAACAUAUCACUUUUAUUUCAUUUUAAAAAGCUUCACAAAGAUUAGCUUCCUAGAUACAGCGUCUGCAAAAAACAUGACAUUUCUGCACAGAAGAGCUGGAUUAUUGCAUGAAUCCAGAACAUUUCGACUUGAAAUGUUAAAAAAGUGAAUCAAAUCAGACACAUACUCACAAGGUCACCCUGCUUGUGCUUGUUUUGACAUUUUGAAAUGCUCCUAAAACAAACAUAGUUUCACUAAAUUCUCAUGAAUAUUUCUGGGAGCUUUAACUCCGUGUUGACAUGAUCACAUGACCCUUGCUGCAGAUUUAUCAGAUUUUAUUAGACGUGAAAUCCCUGUUUCACCUCAUCCCAAAGCUUGGAACCAGAGGCUGCUAAGUUACAGUUUUAUGCAGCAUGAAAUUGAGUGUUUUGGUGCUGAAGCAACAAGACUUACCAGGUGUUAUGGAGUCCAGCAUAGAGACAAUAUCGUCUCACACCAUUAAACCAGCAGCAGACUGAACUGUCCUGUUUUAUCUGACCUCAAAUCAGGACUUACUUCGAGAAAAAUGUGUAUUUCUCCAGUUUUGGUGAGCUUGUGCGAUUUUAAACCUGUUUCUCUUUUUAAACUGAUAAGACUCAUAUUAUAAUCCAUGAGCCUUUGUGGCUAUUUGAGCUAUCGUUCCCUUCUUAUCGUCUUUAUCUUCUACCCGUUCUUUUCUGGUAUCAACCAGGCCUUUUUGUUCGCACAGCUGCUACUUACAGGGUAUUUUCUGUUUUUCUGGCCAUUGUGAAUCUAAAAGAUGACUGUGCAUGAAAAUCCUGAAAUACUCAGACCAUCCAACAACUGUGCCAAGUUCAAAAUCCUUUAAAUCCCCAUUUUGUUCCCCAUACCUAGUUAGUUUAAACUUCUGUCUAAAUAAAUUGAGUUUCUCCCUUUUCUGUGACUGAUUUGAAAUUUGAGUUGCUGAGCUGGUGCAGCCAAUCAACUGGCCAGUGAUUAUAUGUCUCAUCUGAUAAACUCUCGUUCAGAUCGCAAGUCUUAAAGACUAUUUGAAAUUUUCUAAAUGAGGCUUUAAUUCACUUAUUACUAAAUUAACAAACUGGCUUCACUUGUUUUUAAAAUGACAAAAAAUGUGUUUUGUUCUGAGAAAUGAUCCAGCCAGCACCUCUUUCUUGUUGUUUUGACAGUUUUAACAAGCCUCUCGUU